AUGUUGAUAAAUGACGUAACCGUUUUAGUGGCUGUCGUCACUUCCAUGUUGGACUGCGUCGUGUGGGAUACAAGCAAUAACACCGAGAGCGCCAGCAGAUCCGAGUACGGCAAUCGUUGGCGGGGUGCCAGCAAAUCCCCACAGCUGGCCAUGGGCAGCACAACUGAAGAUUCAGGACUACCAUUUUUGCGGGGCAACGUUGAUUCAUCCGGAAUGGGUGCUGACGGCAGCCCAUUGCAUUUCGGAAGGCAUGAAGAAAACACGAGCCAUGAAGAUCUUUCUGAUCUUGAAGAGGUUUUUAUAAAGCUUAUUGAGUGGAUGAAGGUUGGCUACAAUGAGGGUCGAGUGGUCUUUGGCCUCUAUGAUGACCAAUCUUUAAAGAAUAUGACACGACAGAAAAGAACAACAACAUCCACAGAAUUUUUGAUCCAUCCAGAAAUAAAGCUCACCAUGUCUACCAAGGAGCAAGAGUAUUCUUCUGAAAUUCAAGUUCAUCUAGGUUCUCAUUGGAUGAACGAAAUCGAUUUUGGAAAAGAACAACAGAUUGGAGUCGGUUCCGUUGUUCAGCACGAAUUUUACGACAGCACAACACUUGAAAACGACAUAGCGAUGUUGAAGUUAGCAGAACCUGCCACCUCAACAGAUUAUGUAAAUAUUGCUUGUCUGCCCGAUUCUACGACCUACUACAACCCUGGCACUGAGGGCGUUGUUGUUGGGUGGGGUGAAGACAACGGCACUUCAGUUGACAAUACCGUACUCAACCAAGUGGUUGUUCCGGUGAUUGAUGUGGAUAUAUGCAACAACACCCAGACGAUGAAUGGAACCAUAGAGGAUGGCAUGUUUUGUGCCGGAUAUGCAGAAGGUGGUAAAGACUCGUGCCAGGGCGAUAGCGGCGGACCAUACCAAGUUCUACGCGGGGACGGUGCAUGGGAGUUAUACGGAGUAGUAAGUUGGGGUUUUGGGUGCGCUGAACCCAACAGCCCGGGAGUCUACACUCAUGUCCCAACCUACAUAGAUUGGAUCUAUGAAAAUAUAGCUGCAAGCAGCAAUGUAAAUGUUCCAAGUUUGUUGAUGUUGUCAGUAAUGAUAGUUUGGCAGUUUUGGUGA